AUGAUUGCCAUCUACAUAAUCAUUGCAGUUCUGGCGACAACAGCUCUGGUGAAAGGGUCAAUUGAAUGCAAUUUUUCUGAUUCUACUGAACCUCGUCAGUGUUUUGGAGCAGUCGGAGAGCUGCUGAUUUUCCAUCUGUCAGAUAAAGCCAAUCCUGAGCUUACUUUGUUCAAGGAUGGCAAACAAAGGAUUCUAAAAAUAGACAAACAUGGCAACGUGACGCUCCAUGAAGAGUAUGCAAAUCAGUCUGAACUCACCUAUGAACAUGGAACAUUGAAACUACUUAACACCAUGAAGAUACACUCUGGAGAUUACGAGAUGGAAGAAUUCAGUUCUGAUGGAAAGUUACUGAAAAAAGUCAAAGUUCAUCUAGAAAUACAAGGUCCAGUGUCAAAGCCAGCUGUGUGUCAGACAUGUUUGUCAGCAACACAGAUGCAGGUCAGCUGUUCCUCUGAGGGAGAUAACGUAACAUUUAUUAUGACUUUGGAUGGUCAUUUACUGAUACAAAACAGUGACUGCUACCAGUCCCUGAACAGCUGGGCAGCUGAAAAACUCAAUGUUACCAUCAACCUAUACGGGCAGCUGACAGGAAACGUGAAGUGUCAAGUUUGGAACAAUGUCAGCAGAGAUGAAACAGUUCUUCACCUGUCAAGCUGUGGGGGUACUGUAGGUGUUGCUACAACCUUUCCGGUUGUGACCGUGACUGUGAUUGCUAGUGUUGUCGCACUCUUCGUUCUUCUGGUUUUGAGUCUUGCUAUACUUUCUCGUAAAAAAACACCACAAAUCACCACAACAUGCCCCACAAAUGUUACUGAGGCUGGGAGCCUUUUACCAGAGGAAGUAAGAGUUGCAGUAACCAUCACUGACCACAGGAUGGAGCCAAAGGCCAACACAGGCAGCCAGAUAGUGAAGAAAGGAAACUACCAUUAG